ACAAGAAGAAGCCGAGCAGAAAUAAAUUCCUCUCCCGCGACGCCGCCGUGUCGCCGUCCUCCUCACCGCGCCGCGUCCCGAAUACUUCGUGAGAGAGUGAGAGAGAAAGAGGCGGAGGUUUUUGAGGAGCUGAGGCGGCGGAGGAGGAGGAGCGAGGUAGCGAGAACGAUGGCGAGGUUCGACCCGUACGAGAACAACGGCGGCACGUGCGUCGCCAUCGCCGGCGCCGACUACUGCGUGGUCGCCGCCGACACGCGCCUCUCCGCCGGAUACAACAUCCUCAGCCGCGACAGCUCCAAGAUUGCCCACCUAGCGGAUAAAUGUGUUCUGGCUUCAUCUGGAUUUCAAGGUGAUGUCAAGGCUUUGCAGAGGAACCUUGCUGCCAAGGAAUUGGUUUAUGAACACAACCAUAACAAGAAAAUGAGCUGCCCUGCAAUGGCACAAUUACUAUCCAACACGCUCUACUACAAAAGAUUCUUCCCAUAUUAUGCCUUCAAUGUGUUGGGAGGGUUGGACAGCCAUGGUAAAGGAUGUGUCUUCACAUAUGACGCUGUUGGGUCAUAUGAGCGAACAGGUUAUAGUGCUCAGGGAACAGGUGCAGCUUUGAUGAUGCCUGUUCUCGACAAUCAGUUGAAAUCUCCUAGCCCUCUGUUACUUCCAGCUCGGGAUGCAGUGACACCAUUGUCUGAAUCAGAUGCUGUUGAUCUGGUAAAGGACGUUUUUGCAUCAGCCACAGAGAGAGAUAUACACCAGGGAGAUAAACUGGAAAUCGUUGUCAUCAACAGCUCCGGCUCUCACCGGGAGUGCAUUGAGCUAAGGAAGGAUUAGUGUGGGAUACUAUCAUACUAGCUAGUACCUAUGCAACAACACCACCAUUCCAUCAGUAGCAGGAUGUGCUUUUCCUUGUCAGAUGUAUUUAAAUUUCAGUUUUGUUCAGUGUGCACGACAUUGUUGUAAUCUUUCUAUCUGAACUAUGCGUUUCUAAAUUGCUCACUGAAUUGUACUUUCAUUGCCUGAAGCCCUGAAUGAAUUGGCAAGCUGUCAGAAAUAGUUGGAGGACAACACAAAUGAAAUCUC